CCCCUAAAAUUGCAGGAUAGUUCAUCAUUUCAUCCUCGUGCUUUAUUGUCUCUACACCCCAACGAGAUCUGCGCUCUCCCGUGCUUCCCGCAAACACCUUCCCCAUUUUCUCUCUCUACAAAUACAAUCUCUGUAAUCUGCAUUUGACCCAUUAGACAUGUUGUGUCGCGAUAUUCAGACAUGGGUUCUCAUAUUUCUUGUGAUCUCUCCCACCAUCUUCAACAUAUCCUUGUCCGCCGGGCUCGAUUCUCGCAGGGCAGCUAAGAAGAGACGCAUGAGUGAGAAAGUUCGUAAGAUGUUUUACCAUGCAUAUGACAACUACAUGACUUACGCAUUUCCGCAUGAUGAGCUGAAGCCCCUUACGAAAACUUUCACCAACUCUCUUAGCGAGCUUGGAAAUUUGAAGCUUGAAUACUUACCGCAAAAGUAUAAUGGAUCAGCCCUUACACUUAUCGAGUCAUUGUCCAGCCUUGUAAUCAUGGGUAACAAUACGGAAUUUGAAAAGGCUGUUCUUUGGCUUUCCGACAAUCUAACAUUUGAUGUUGAUGCAAGGAUAAAUCUUUUUGAGUGCAACAUAAGAGUUCUUGGAGGACUUGUUUCUUCUCAUAUUCUUGCAACUGAUUCUACAAGUAGGUUGGUUCAAGGAUUGUACAAGAAUCAGCUUCUUUUUUUGGCUGAGGAUUUAGGGCGACGUUUCCUACCUGCUUUUGAUACCCCAACUGGAUUGCCAUAUGCAUGGAUCAACUUAAAGUAUGGAGUAAUGGAGAAUGAGACAACUGAAACAAGCACUUCUGGGUGUGGUUCACUGAUUCUUGAAAUGGGAGCACUCUCACGGUUAACUGGUGACCCCAGAUUUGAGUCUGCAGCUUUGCAAGCUCUUCGUAAGUUAUGGAGCAUGCGGAGUUCAUUGAAUCUUCUAGGAACUACUUUGGAUGUAGCAACUGGGGAAUGGAUAGAAUAUUCAUCUGGUAUUGGGGCUGGGGUUGAUUCAUUCUAUGAGUAUCUAAUCAAAGCCCACAUUCUUUUCGGAAGAGAUGAGUUUUGGAGAAUGUUUCAGUCUGCUUAUCUUGCUGUUCAGAAGUAUUUCAGACAUGGCCCAUGGUAUCAUGAAGCUGAUAUGAGGACAGGAAAAGCAACUUAUUGGCAGCUCACAAGCCUUCAAGCUUUUUGGCCUGGUCUACAGGUUCUUGUUGGGGAUAUUGCAGCUGCUAAUUCAUCACACCGUGAAUUUGUUUAUUUAUGGGAGAAGUUUGGAGUAUUACCUGAAAGGUAUUUGCUGGAUCAUCAAAUGUUGCAUCCAACAGAGAAAUAUUAUCCUUUGCGCCCUGAAUUAGCAGAGUCCACAUUUUACCUAUAUCAAGCGACCAAAGAUCCGUGGUACAUCGAAGUGGGUGAAUCAAUUGUUGAUUCUCUUAAUUUAUACACCAAAGUUGAAGGCGGGUUUGCAAGCAUUAAAGAUGUGACUACUAUGGAUUUAGAAGAUCAUCAGCAUAGUUUCUUCCUCGCUGAAAUGUGCAAGUAUCUGUAUCUUCUUUUUGAUGAUUCAUUCUUGGUUGACCGGAAUUAUAUUUUCACGACUGAAGGCCACCCUCUUCCAGUAAUGAGUUCUUGGCAUGAAAGGAUUCCAACCUACAUCCAGAGUAACGGGACUUCUGUCAAGAGUGAAAAUCUGGCAAAACGAGCUCAUGCAAUGUCUUUGCGAGUCUGUCCAGCAACUACUUUGAACUCUGGACAUAGCAGUCAACGGAUUGAGAGUGCUUGCCAUAUCCAUGAUGCUCGUGGUGACCACAGGUGUUCGACUGAUGAUGAUUGUGGUGUUGAUUCGACCACUUGUAGGCAAAGAUCGUGCAGCAUGGCUGGCUACUGUGGCCUGUGGUUCUUCGUAUGAAAUCCACUACAACCUGAAAUUGAUUCUGGGACAAAGAAAUAAAACCAGAAAGACUACGGGCCAAGAUAAUUGAUCUUGCAACUUUGGCGUAUGGUUGUUCACAUGGGACCCGCGACAAGUGAGAUAUUUUUGGGACAAAGAAAUAAAUGCAGAUCCAGUGGGUAUAAGGAAGCCUGCUUGCAAAGAUUUAGUCUUGCAGGUAUGUAAUCUUACACCAUUCUGAUUAAAUAUAAAAAAUAGAGAGAGUGUUGAUAUUUGCUGCAAAUGUCUUGUAAUUUAGUAGUAAAAUUUUUCGUACCUCAAUUUUGGAUUAAUAGCAUGCAGACCAGAGUAUUCCCAGUAUGCUGAGAUGGUCACGCAUGACAAAUUCUCAAGUUUCUGCUUAAAAUACUAAAGAUCAAAAUAACAGAUUGAAAGUGAGAAUUAAACAUGAAUCAGUUUGUGAGGGAUUCAUGUUUCUUCAUGUUUGAUUCUUUUUCCCCGCUAUGGUGGAUAAAAACUAUGCUUAUGCAUGCAAUAUAUUAUAUAUAUAUUGUUAAGAAUUUAAAAAAUUCGAAUAUACUUUGGAUUCUUUGGGGUAUGUAUCAUAAUGUAAUCUUUGGGGUAUGUAUUUAUCAUAAUGUAACAAUGUAUCAGAUGCCUAAACAAUGUUGACUUUCUUAUUGUGCAA